ACCAUGCAACCGUUCUCGACGGGCAGCACAAUGGCGACCGAGACACCGACCAGCCUCCCACCGGAGAGGGUUAGCUCGCCCACGCCGUGCAAGAACUUGACCUUCUCCAUCGCGAAGAUCAUGGAACCGGAUAAAAGGCUGACCGAGCAGAGCAACCGUCAGACGACGUCGCCGCAGGCACCGCCGGCGACCACCGCCACGGGGAUCCUCCAGCAGCCGCAUAGCAUCCCGUCGUUGACGUACGGAAUCCGUCACCUGCACCUGGAAUCGGCGUUCAAGAAGUACGUGCCGACCUUGAGGCAUCAAAGCCUCUUGCAGCACUACCCUCUCCUCUACUACCACCCGAACCCGUUGCUGAGGGCCUUUCCAGCGCCUCCACCAGCGAUACCAACGGUGCCACAGAGCUCGCCACCGCCAACAGCCAUCCAAGAAGCCUCUUCAAGGGUAAGCCUGACCGCCACCUCUCCCGAAAGCCAACGAGGAAAGAAGAGCCCGGGUCCUCGUGGCAACGAGUUAAACGCCACCAACAAACAGAAGACCUUCACCUGCUCGGUAUGCGGAAAGGUGUUCAACGCCCACUACAACCUGACCAGACACAUGCCGGUGCACACCGGCGCCAGGCCGUUCGUCUGCAAGAUCUGCGGGAAGGGAUUCCGUCAGGCGAGCACCCUUUGCAGGCACAAGAUCAUUCACACGGCGGAGAAGCCUCAUAAAUGCGGCACAUGCGGCAAAGCUUUCAACAGAAGCUCGACCUUGAACACCCACCGGCGCAUCCACGCCAACUUCAAGCCUUUCAUCUGCGAGGAUUGCGGGAAAGGAUUCCACCAGAAGGGAAACUACAAGAACCACAAGCUCACCCACAGCGGCGAAAAGGCGUACAAGUGCACCAUAUGCAACAAGGCGUUCCACCAGGUCUACAACCUGACGUUUCACAUGCACACGCACAACGACAAGAAACCGUUCUCGUGCAAGAUCUGCGGGAAGGGAUUCUGCAGGAACUUCGACCUGAAGAAGCACAUGAGGAAGCUCCACGACACGGGCUCGCCGGUGCUCAGCGGGUUGGCCACGUCCGCGCAGAGCCAUAAUCAACAAUCCGGUUACGCGUCCGUUCACCACGGGCCCGGGGGCCACACGUUCGUCGCACCCUUCCUGGUUCACCCGCCUGGGUCCACUAGCUACCUCAGCAAAAUGUUGGGACAGGAGUAUUUGUCCGAUUUGGAGUGGAAGCGAAAAGUCGACGAGUCGUCGUUCGAGAGCCGAUGGAAAGAUGUAGAGUAACACUUUUUUUAUGGAAGGGUUAUAGGUUCUUCUUCGGGGUAAUUGGUUUUGGAAGUACGUGGGGCGGGUUGGUGUGAGAUUCACGGCGACCGUUUCGCCGAUAAUGUUUACAUCGACACCGAUUCACCGAUGCGUUCAAUUCAUCGACAAUGUUUACACACCGGCAUUUGUCUAUGUUGUAUACAUACUGAUUUUCGCAAGUAUACCAUAAAAAUUUCUUAUUAUCGCGUGUUAAGGUCGAUUCAGACUGUACGACACGGACCGGCAACGACACGUACCGGCACCGACACGAUAAAACAUUAAACCACGCGUUUUAAUGGAACUAUUCACACUUAACAGACACCGACCUGAACGUUCCGUCAACGGGACUAGCGUGAAUAGUUCCAUUAAAGGUCUAUUUGCACAUAUCCGUAACGUGUCAGUUCCGUAUCCGUACCGUAUCAAUGACGUCACGGAGCGGUGUCGGACGUGUGUGAUCGUGCUCGUUCAAAAACAACAGAAGAAUCACUGACACUGAUGGAACAUUACGGAACCGAACGGAUACAGAACUGACACGUUACGCAUAUAUGUAAAUAGACCUUUAAACCCGUGUUUUAAUGUUUUGUCGUGUCGGUACCGGUACGUGUCGUUGCCGGUCCGUGUCGUAUAGUCUGAAUCCACCUUUAUACGUUACACGCGCUUGUAUCGUGCACGAUACAAUCAUGAUCUUUAUUCGUGCAGUAAAAAACGAGGUUCAGGGUGUGCCCCUUAGCUUACAUAUAAUUUUGAGACGUAUGCUUUUAAAGUUUGUAUGGAAGGUUUUCCAGCUGAAAGCAGCAUAGACAAAAGUCAAUGUCGAUGUAAACAUUGACGGCGAAUUGAACGUCUCGGCGAAACGGUGUCGAUAUAAACAUUGUCGACGAAACGAUUGUCAGUGAACCGACACCAACCCACGUGGGCCACGUCUAUGCGAAAUUAGGACACGACCGGAAAGGAUCACGGAUUUUCUUGAAACUUUGUACACUUUUAGUAGUCCAUUAGUGCCGUGUACACUUAAAAUUGAUUACCCCGAAAAAGAAAUCUACUUGUACAAAAAAGUGUCAUUGUACAUUCUCGACAUAUUUCUUUAAAUUAAAAUAAAUAGCCUUAUAUGUGUUUCAUAUACAGGGUGCCAAUGAAAGAUACUCAGAAAUCGGACAGGUUUUUCUCGCACUCGAGGAAAAUAAGAAAUAUCGUCCAAUCAGUACUGCUUUUAAGAAUCGGUGAAAAAUAUUCAAACAUUUCCACGUUAUAUUGGUCGAAUGAUAACUCACGCGCGAGAAGCGUCACGUUCGUCGUUUUUUUUAAAUACGGAAGCUCGAUCGUCGGAUCUGUCGGCGGAAGAAUUUCAGCAAACAACGACGACGGGAUAUUCUUAAUUUGGCAAUCAACCGUGCGACAGAGGAAAACACCGUGCAAACAGAUAAUCGAAUUAGACGACAGAACGCGUCGCGGACAAUUCCGCCCCCGCGACAAUGAUAUUUCAACCGAGCCGAGCAGUUACGAGGUGCAAAACACCGAGCGUUGCAUGCAUAUCGGAGAACGCAAAUAAUCGGUCGUAGCAUCAGCGAAAUAAACCGCGUCCGGGAGUUAAAUCAACACCCGAGCAGUUAGCGGACGUAUUGGCUCGAUCGUUAUUGGAAACCGUUCCCCGUGAUAUCGGCUUAAUCGUCGCAUGAAAGCUCAAUCGAUGGUGUCCUGCGAGACGAUUACUUAUUUGUGUAAAUACAUGUAAAUAUUUGUACCUGCUGCAGAGACGCGUCGCGUCGCGCAACUGUUAACCAUCGAUGGAAACAAGCGAAACGGAAAUUGAUGGAUGCGAGGGGUCGUGGUACAGGGUGCGACGCAAGACCAACCUGGAUAACUUUUGAAGGAACUAGCGAAAUUUGUUUCUACGAGCUUUUCUGCGUGUAAAAAUUUGUGUAAAAUUAUUUAGACUCCUAGAAUUUUAUGUUUUAGUAACACACUCUGAUGCACUCUGUAUACUCGACUUUAUAUUUUAAACGACAACCCGAGAAGAUUGUGGAUUUUUUACCAGAAAACAAAAUCCUGAUGUCCGUUUUUAAAACUCAUUUGUUUAAUAAAGGAAGAGCUGAACACC